CAGGCCAGUGGAGUUGGUUUGGUUAUAAAGAGCUAGGGAAGAAAGAGAGGCAGCAUUUCAGCCCGCAUCUGGGUCUUCAGCGAACUCUGCGAUGGCAGUCAGAAAAGCUGAGUCACUGCAUUACUCCAUAGGGCUCUUGGGCAUUUCCGCAGGAUCACUCUUGCUGGCAGUACAUUUCUACAGUUCACUCAGAGCAGCCCCUGUGAUCCCCAGCACAGCUCUAGGGAUUCUUCUGUUGAUUUUAUCAUCUCUUUUGGCAUAUGCAGUGUUCUGGUGUGGCUAUGGAGUGGUCUUCAUCCUGCGAGGGCAAGGAGUUUUGAACGACACCGGUGACUUCCGCAAUGCCUUGGUGCCUGGCCUGGUCACGUUUCCUUUGGCACUACUCAUUAUUGCAGUGGUGGGCUUCCUUAACAAAGAGGUCGUUCUAGCUAUGAUUGCUUCUGCUGUCUCACUUGCCAGUGCUCAUGAAGUUGCCAUGCUUUAUAACACAGCUUUUGGUUCCUCUGCUGUGGCUUGCAACUAUAUGAUUGUCUGCUUAGCUGGUGGUUACUUUGCUCUGGGAAGGAUUCUUUAUUUCCUCUCCAAAGAGAAAAUUGCCAUCCCUGGCACAGAUCUUGCCAAAAAUAAGGCCCAUGAGCAGAUCCAGUCCACCAGUGUCAGCAUGAAUCAUUUUGCAGUCACUGGUCUUAUCCUGAACAUGCUUUCUGCCAGUGUCUUCGGCUGUAGGCUCCUGGGUGUCACUAGCAAACUAUUUAUUGGGCAAGUGCCCUGGCUGUGGGCUGCCGGGAUCUACCAGAUUGGAGUCUGCAUUUUGUCAUACCGUGCAAUGGAUGUACUAAUGGCUACGUUCUUUGGUUUCACUUCCAUCCUGAAAUUUGCUGGGGGCUAUUGCCUUCUAUACCCAAUCUGGCAAACAGAGGAGCCAACUUUUCCUAUCCCAUUCCUUGUGGUUUUUUCAAUUCUUUUUGCAGUCUUAGCUCUUUUUCUCACUCUUAAGAGCCUGGCAGAUGGCCUGUAUUUGCUGUUUUACGUGGCCUACUGCAUUGCAUUAGCUUGUUGUCCCAAGGGAUUUUUCGAAGGUGGACCCCAAGGUGUGGAUGUGGCCAUCUUUGUGGCCUCAGCCUUGAUGACUCUGAUUCACCUGUACAAUGUGAAAAAAGCAGGUGCCAAAAUCCCAACAGGGGAGGGUGUUGUGAAGGCCCUGCUUGCUAGCAGCAGUUUUCUGAAGCUUCGUGAAGGGGCAAACCUUCAUGCACCCUACCUAGGGUAUUCAAAGUAUGCAGAUGCUGAAGUACUUGGCUAUGCAUGUAGUGUCCUUGCUUCGUUUUCAAUAACAGUGACUGGGGACCCACAAGCUCCGCUUGCUACUGUUGUAAUUCCGUGGGUAGUGGUAGCUGGUGGGAUCCUUAAGCUUUUAAGUGGCUCAGUGGCUUUUGCCCGGGGUAAAACCCUGGAGAGCAGUGCCUUCAUUCUUUAUGCUGUCAUGUGGAUCAUCUGGGGCUUGACGAGAUAUGGUGGCCUCUAUGGCACUAGCAGAAGCUUCCACACAGCAGUAGGGAUUAUUGCUUUCAUGCUCUUCAAUUGCUUCAUUGUCUUCUGCACACUCUUCUUAAGCAUCAGCUGGUUCUUUUACUCCCUCACUUUCUUGCUCAUUGCUGUCAGCUUCUUGCUGGAUGCCAUCAGUGCUCUUCCAGCUGGCUAUGACAUUGCUGCCACUCUCAUCUUUGGUCUGGUCAGCUUUUACUGCUUCCUGUCUGCCCUUUUCAGCAGCACUUUUGAGGGUUCCUGCUUACCAAUGGGUAGGGCCCUUGUGCAGCUUAGUGGUGUGGGGGGAGGAAUGACCAAGUGCCUUCAUCUGCCUGCCAGGAAAGCUUCCUCAGUCAAGAGAAUUGCAGAUAUCCUGAAGAACGGAGGGACUUGCGGCAUCCCCACCGACACUGUGUAUGUGCUGGUAGCAGCCUGUAAUCGGCCUGAUGCUGUGGAGAAAGCUCACCGCUCCAAGCGCCAGGCUCAGGAGCGCCCCAUGUCACUCUGGAUUUCUAGCCUGAAGCAACUAGAACCUGCAAAACAUUUGUUCAGCCCCCUCCUCUGGGACUUCAUGGAUGCUGCCUGGCCAUCUCCUAUUAGCUUGGUGAUUCCCAGAGGUAAAUGGGUGGACUUCCUGGGAAUGAAGGACUCUGCUAAAUACGUUGGUACCCCUCAGAGCGUUGCCAUCCGCAUCCCUGACUGCUCGGUCACCACGCACCUCAUUGACUUGGUUGGCCCCAUUGUGGUCACAUCAGCUAACCCAACAGGAGAGGCAGACACAACACACCACAAUCAAGUGUAUGCCAAGCUGGGAGAUAAGGUGGAUGCAGUUCUUUGCGAUGGUCCUUCUCCAGAGAAUAUUGCCUCUACUGUUGUGGACUGCACCAAAAUUGACAGUGGAAACAUAGGAUUCUUCAGAGUUGGUAUAAUUCCCAAGUCUCAGGUGCUGCAGAUACUGGAACAGGUGCAGAGGAAAUACUCAAUGGUCCCUAACAGUGACGGCUGCACCACAAAAGGCCGGGAAGAACAUCUGAAUCACGUCCAUGCUGUGCACAACGGGGUGGGCACGGCUGCCUCAGCACAAAGAUUUGCAGUGCAGUCUGCUGAUGGCGGCCGUGAGAACCACACUCGCCUCUGACUUCUGUUUGGGUCAAGCAGUUACGUGCUCACUAGGGAGGUGUCUGCUGGAAAAUGAUGUAUAGGUCAAACUGGGGAAUGGGAGAGAUUUCUCAGCUACAGGGGUGAUUUAUUCACUUUUCUAUGGAUACUGCUAAAAUAUCCCUGAUCUACAGUCACGUUCACCCAGUUUGUAGAAGCAAUAUUUUCACUUAUAGAGAUUGCCAGCUCUCACUGAAAGGAAAGUGUUACAUCAGUGAGUGGCUG